AUGGAGCGGCAAGAGCUAGAAAGCCUAACGCUCGCUCAGCUUAANGAAGAAGCGAGGUGCAUGGGAGUGGCGGUGUCGGAAGAUCGGGCCAGGAUGUUAGAAGCGAUAUUGUCCGUCAUAGAACGGAGAGGAAGGCCANAUGCAACGUCGCAGGGAGAGGCGAGGUCAGCCUCUGCGACGGCGGCAAGAUCGGCUGGAAGCUCUACGGCGUCCGACGGAGCCGACGACACGCCGUCCAUGCAUCAGAUUUUGGCUGCGUUGGCGAUGCAGAUGCAGCAACAGCAGCAAGUGUUGGGGCAAAUCUUAUCAACGCUACAAGACGCGAAUGGAGGAGCGUCGCUGCGUCAGCCUAGAGCAGAGGCGUCGGCUCGAGAGAAUCGGUCUCCGUCGGCGGAAGCGGAGAGCCGGGGAAGUGAGAACCACCCGCAAUUGCAAUUGUCGCUUAUGACGGUGUCUUCAGCCCACGCGGUAAAAUUAUUAGCUUCACAAAUACCGGAAUUUUCGGGUGCUGAGACAGAAAAUGUGCGGCAGUGGGUGCAGCGAGUGGAAAGAGUGGCUGAGAUACAUUCGGCGCCACAUGGAGUGAUUUAUCUGGCAGCAUCANAUAAAUUAACUGGCUCUGCUAAAAAGUGGUUUGAUCAUGGAACGCGGAAUAUGUUCGAGUCGUGGACUGCGUUUAAAGAAGCGCUUGUUAGUCGAUACAAGAGAAAAAUCAUGUUUAACGUGACCAUGCAAAGAGUGGAGGCACGUAGGUGGAAUUUUUCUAAGGAGUCUUUCCACGACUACGCNCUGGACAAACUUUUGUUAAUAAAUACAUUAGAUUUGUCGGAAGAUGAAUCGAUUCACCUGCUGAUCAAUGGCAUUGGAAGCCGUUCGUUGAGGGGCACAGCGGCUUCAAUCAAAGCAGAGACAAUCGAUCAGUUCCUGGAGGAAAUGCAUAAAGUAACGUUGGCCACAGGAGUGGNAAGUGAGAAGAAGUGGUCAUCGUCGAAAAAUAAGGACGCCCAAGGGAAGUCGGGCGGGAAGAUAAACACGUCGCAGAAGACGAGUGCAGAGGCGUCGAAGGCGGCGAUUGUGUGUUUUUUCUGUAAAGAAAAGGGGCACAGAAAANCGGAGUGUCCGAAGCUGACUAAGCGGAGCGAGGCAGGAGGGACUACGGGGAAAUCAUCUUUGUUGGCGGCAGUUUUCACGGUGCAGGAGGGCACGAGCGAGGAUUCAUCGACUACGGUAGCGUUCGUUUCAGCGGCAAACGGUAGGAAAGUUUAUUGUAACGGCUCUCCUGUAAAAGUAACAUUAUUAAAUUCAAAUCGGUGUAAUUUGUUCGCGCUAAUGGAUACGGGUAGUCCGAUAUCUUUCAUUCGAAGCGAUGUUUAUGAUAAGGACAGUUUUUCUGAACCGUUAAGGUCGAUAACAAAGGCUUAUAAAGCGAUAAAUAACAGUCCGGUGGGAAUAACAGGUAUUGUUCGAGCUUCAAUAGCGUUGGAUCAGCUGCCUGACGGGUUUANUGAGGCUGAAUUUCACGUGCUCAGCGAUAAAUCGGUAAACACGGACUUCGUGAUCGGUAGAGAUUUCUUGCAAAAACAUCGUUUAUCUUUGAUAUAUCAACCGACUGUUGCGGACGUAGAGGUCAAAGUGUUUACGUUUUCAGAAGUUCUACCUGUAGAUGUUGUUUGUGAGGUUUCAAAUUCUCAUAACGAUUUAAUNGAGCAAAUUCAUACUGAUUUUGAUCUUGAAACGGAUAAUAAAUUAAAAUCAUUGUUGCGUGAGAUCGAUCAGGCGGAUGAUCCUCCGUUAGAAGAUGAUUACCGUGUGUCCGUGAAUUUGAAAGACCAGACGCCGUACGCGUAUGCGCCUAGAAAAUUAGCCUGGUCGGAACGGAGUCAACUUAGUGUAAUUACGGACGAUCUACUAAAGCGAGGAAUAAUUAAACCGAGUACGUCUCCUUUCUGCGCUAGAGUGGUACCGGUAAGAAAAAAGGACGGUUCCUUGCGNCUAUGCGUCGAUUUGCGUCCACUCAAUGACAAAGUAAUCAAACAGAAGUACCCGUUNCCGCUUAUUGAAGACUGUCUGAUAAGAAUAGGAAAUAAAAAAGUUUUUACGUUGUUGGAUUUAAAAGAUGGAUUUCACCAGAUCCAAUUACAUGCAGACAGUACUAAAUAUUUUUCCUUUGCAACGCCAGACGAGCAGUUCGAGUACACGAGACUUCCGUUUGGUUACUGCGAAGCACCGGCGGAGUUUCAAAAGCGCAUUGUACAGAUUCUCCAACCACUAAUUAGACAAGAUAAAGUUAUCGUCUAUAUGGAUGAUGUACUCAUUCCGACAGAUACAGUGAAACAAAAUUUAGUAAUUCUAGAAGAGGUAUUACACAUUUUUAAGAAAUAUAGAUUGGAGUUAAAUUAUAGAAAAAGUCAAUUUUUAAAGAAACAAAUAGAAUUUCUAGGAUAUAAUCUGUCGCAAGACGGAAUGACGCUAAGUCCACGUCACACAGAAGCGGUGAANUUAUUUCCGCGGCCGUUGAACGUAAUGCAGGUCCAACGAUUUUUAGGACUAACAAAUUAUUUUAGAAAGUUCAUUAAAAACUACGCGGCUAAAGCGAAACCUCUUCAAGAUUUAUUAAAGAAAUCGGUUUUGUUUGAGUUUUNACCGCAUUGUAUUGAGGCGUUUGAAACGCUAAAAAAAGAGCUUACUUCGUUCCCUGUUUUAAGAUUGUAUAACCCGGUUGCCGAAACCGAACUACACAGUUUGUCCGGAAAGUUCCCGGACUGA